AAAUUGUUUGAAAGAGCAUCGCGACCUACCAGCUCCGUGUCUUUCGUAUCGCGAAUGACGAAUUUUUUCCUACAAUUUCGACGUUGAUGGCUGUAUGAACGAACGAGAGCAUCCGAUUACGGCUGUUCUAGCAGGACAGCGCGGCCUCGCUCGGGAAAAACGGGAAAGGUUGAAAAAACUGAAAACUCGUAGAUUUUUUUCGGGUCGCCGGCUACAUUUUUUCCUGCGACUUCAAUUAUUACGAACGAUCGCGUGCUGCUGUUCUCGUAAAACGCACGCGUUUCAAGCUGAAUUUCAAAGUUCGUGACAAGGGUGAAAAAUUGAAAAGCACAAAGCACAGAGAAAGCGCCGAGGCUGGCGUUGUCGCAUCGAAUCCGACCGGUUGCAUCGAUAGCCUACGAAAUACACGCAUCAUCGCUUCAUUGGUUUAUCGUAUACGAGGGAGCAGGUAUACGACUAUUUUCCGAACCAAGACACGAGAAUAAAGUAGCAAUCAUUUCUCGAGUUUGAAACGUGAAACGAGCGUCGAAUUCGUUUCGCUCUAGUUUAUGUUCCCAGUAACACUGUGUACGAUGUUAUAGACGAUAUUUAUCGAGUUGAGCGGCAGAUGUCUCGCGUAUUCUAACAGAUUCGUAUCUCAUUCUGUGUACGUACCUGUUAGAACGAUGGUAGAACGUUUCUGUUUCUACAGGACACGGAAUGGUGAACGUUGUUCCGGAAGAAAAAGCGUUCAGAUAACAGAAUGUUCGGAUAGUUGAGUACGUAUUUGGAUAAUAGGAACAGUAACAAUACAGGUCUCACCAAACUUACUUACUAAUUGAAUCGCCUGAUACACGAGAACUCGCUAAUUUAUUUCCACGAGUUUGGCCCACCUAUCUUGCAGUUAGUCGCGUUUUAUCUCUCGUCUCUCUCGUCUCUACAAAGCAUCUUGGUCUUCUCUAGUGAACGCGCUCGUUCCUGUUCCUUCAUCCUCCCGGUGAUCCUCCCGUUUUCAGCAACGUCGAUCACGGUCCAUCGGUUAGUCGAGUUUACGUUUAAAGUUUGAUGGUUUGGGCGCGCCACGAAUAACCACGAUGAGGAGCUCUCAGCCUUUUCUAUACGUUUCACAGACCUGUUGCCGCGAGCAGCGUAACGCAGGCAUCUUUGCGAUAAUACGAUCUAUUUUGGGAUUCUGUUCGGUUACCACGUUAUUUCGAAUCCUUUCCGCGUGUCGUACAUUCCUAGUAUUUAUCUGAUCCUUCGCGACUCUCCGCGCGUUUCCUUCGAAACAACAAUCGCUUAAGCAACGCAACGACUCGGUAGCUUUUAAUUGACGCGCGCAACAGCCCUGAAUUCGCUGCAGCCGGAGGCUCGUUGAAAAAUUUAUGGGUUCUUGACGCGGUUGUGGCGGGUUGAACGAUUUUAAAACUUUAACGAUCUGCAUCGGUCGAGUUAUUCGCAUAUUCGUCGAACAGAUGGAAACCCCAGUUGAAACGGCGAAACAGGUACCGCGGUGUUUGCGCAACGCGUCGAGAGAGUCGGCUUUGAAUUUCGCGAACGAUGCAUAAAAUGUAUCCGUCGAGCGUGCUCUCCGUUCUGUCUAUCGGCCAGAGAAUAUAGUUAGUUGGCUUACAUUACCGGGACUGGUUCUGCAGUUCAUCAAAGCUUGGUACAAUAAACACAAGUCAAACGCUCGCUAGCUGCUCCAGCCACGCGAAUUGCUUCCAUGGCAUGAGUGCAGUUCUGAUGAACGGGCUCCUAAUGCUGGGCUUCGUCGUAGCGACCAUGCGGGACACGAUGGUCCUUGGAUUUUCCGGGCCAACACUAGUCAUGGAUCAGGACAUCCCUUCGAGGAUUUGCAAGUACAGCAGGGGGUAUUCGAUGAUCCAAGUUCAUUGCAAGAAUUUAGGCCUCGAAUGGAUUCCUCCGCAUUUGAAGACGGAAAUUCAGGUGCUGGACGCGUCUGUGAACAGAGUGCGAGUGUUGACGAACGACAGUCUGGCGGCGUACACGAAUCUCGCCUAUGUUUAUCUGAGCGACAAUUUCAUCCAGGAGAUUCAGGAGGGAGCAUUCGAUAAUCUACGAUACCUGAGGGUGAUCGAUCUGUCGACAAACGGCUGCGAUUCCCUUCCCAAGAGUCUCUUCCAGUUACCGUAUCUCCAAAAGAUUUAUCUAGCCAAAAAUAGACUGAGCGACGACCUAUUCAAAAACAUGGAAGUGAAGUCUCCGUUGAUCUUCUUGCAGCUAGCGAAGAACAGGCUUAACAAGAUACCACAGCUGGGUCCGCUUCCCACGCUGUUGCACCUGAACGUUUCGGGCAACAGCAUUGCCUCUGUUUCUCCGGAGGAUCUGGCUUCCUUCUGUUCUUUACAGAUCCUUGACUUAUCUAAAAAUCCGAUCAAAUUCGACGCGAAUAGCUGCGAGUGCCAGACGUUGAACGCGUGGCUGCGCAUCCGCGGAAUUCAUUCGCGACCAGUCUACAACUGCACCGAAGAGCACGAAAGGGGAUGCACGAAACCGGAGUUCAGCAAUAGAACCACGGAACUGUACGAGCAGUGCUCGGAAAUACAGCGAUUGAAAGCGGAGACGGAAAAGGCCAGGAACACGUGGAUAUUGAUCGCCUGUUGCAUCUCUGGCUUCCUCUUCUGUCUGUUCAUUAGCUUGUUUUGCGUGCACAAGAGAAACAAGCGGAAGAAGAAGAAGCUAAAGGAAGAGCAGAGGCUAAACGCAAACAACGCAAAUACCGAGUUACUCAACAGUAAUUUAAACCAAUCGGAAAACACUUGA